AUGAAGAAAUGCCGCCAAAAUGAUGAUGAAAAAGUCUUCACUUUGAACUGUGAUAUCUACAAUAACAGUUCCCUUGGCGACAUGUGUCUAUCAAGCGAAAAUUGUUUCAGCAAUACUGUUUGUAGCAACAGAUUUAAUGGGAAAUGUACAUGUCAAGAAGGCUACCAGGAAGAAAAUCGAAAAUGUAUUAAAGAAAAUUUAACACUUCGGGAAAACUGCAGCAUCCGUCGUCAGUGCAGACAAUCAAAUGCAGAAUGUAAAAACAGUGUAUGUUCUUGUAAAACAGGGUAUCUACAAAUUGAAAAAAAAUGUGUGGAAGAAAAUAAAACUAUUGGUUCGCAAUGUCAGUAUCAUGAGCAAUGCACAGGGACACACAAUGCUGGUUUAUGCCUGGGAAAUUCUUCACAUCUCCAGUGUAGCUGCAGCAAAGGUUUUGUAGAGAGGAACCGAUCAUGUAUUGGGAAUUUAAAACUUGGAGAAUCUUGCAGCCUAGAUAAGCAGUGUCAACAAUAUAAUGCAACAUGUAAAGAAGGGAAUUGUUCUUGUGAAAAUGGAUAUAUUCAAAUUGAAGCUAACUGCGUUGAAGGACAUAAGGCCCUUAAUGCCCCGUGCCAGUAUCAUCAGCAAUGCACAAGUACACCAAAUGCAAGUUUAUGUGUCGGUAAUUCAUCCUCUUUCCUCUGCAGCUGCGGUGUUGGAUUUACCGAAUGGAAUGGAUCAUGUAUUGAAUUGCCUGAGCAUUCAACUCCAAACAUGGAAGAGACAUUCUUUGACACCAAAGCUUUUGCAGUCUGGUCUAACAUCAUCAGUUUAAUAUUUGGCGCUUCUGUACCAACACUUAUCUUUGCUGUCUACAGUAGUAGAGCGCGAUCUGUUGAGAAUCCUCAAAAUUUCUUCGAACGGCGAUCUUCCAAAACAGAGGGCGUUACUUUGUACAGAAAGACAAAUGAUGGCAGCGAAAUGAGACGCAAGACAAAAUGUUAUAAAAAGAGUGCUGCUAGCAUUGAGGAUAUUCACGAAGAAAACGAUCGAAAUCAUGACAAUGAUCAAGACCCAUGCCUCUACAAUCAUCUAAAUGAGAAGGAGGAAAUUGAAAGCGUUAGUGAAAACAAGUAUAGUACAGCUGAAAGGGCAAUACACAAUGACGCAGAAAACACUUAUGCUCAAGUCCAAUCUCGCAAAGGCAAUUCGAAACAAUUGAAUAUUGACGAUGUUUACAUGCCAGUAACUCUAGAGAAUGAUUUGUAGAAGUGCAUACAAUUUGAUCAUGCAUGAUUUUUAUUUUGCUUCAAGGAACAUUGUCAAGGGAAGACGUUUUCUUCCUUAAAAAACUGUCCAUACAUUGGUUCCAAUGGUCCGCAUACAGAAGAAGGGUAAACACUAAAGACAGGUUCGAGUUAGUUACUGGACAAAAGAAAAGUUAGUAAAAACUAUGAAAAGGAAACUGUUUUGUCAUUCAUGCAAAAAAUAAUUUGUUAUUUUUUACUUCUUUAUUUUAUAAUUAAUAAUUUUGAGUUGUUUCAUUAUAUCAACACUCGCACUAUUUUAUCUA